AUGGAUUCCCUGGGCCAUCGCUCCUUCCGCCCUUCUCCUGCAAGCUCUUGUAAACAACAACAGAUUAGCGCCCCCGGUCGCUGUGUGUGCAAACAACCACCGAUAAUCAGCGAGUCACGCUCCGAGGAUUUCCAAAAAGUCGAACACUGCAGACUCCCCAUUCAGCAAAUUGAACUCUCACGACAAGCGCAUCCUCUCAUACAAAUUUCAAAUCUCUCUCUCUCUCUCUCUCUCAUUUACUCAGUUUAUCACUUUCGCUUUCUCUUCUGUCUCGCCUCGUUUAUACCAGUCAGCAUUUUUAUUCGGUUCUUUCUUUUUCUUUCUCUCACCCCACUCUCCCCCACUCUGUUGUAUUUAUCUACUUUUUUUCUUCUUUCAGGGUUUUAUCUUUAUUCUUUGACACUUUUCGUCUGCUUCUCUUGUAAAAUUUAUCAUUUCCUUUCUCUCUUUGCUUCUCUCUUUCAUUUUAUUUUCUCUUUCUCUAUCUUCAUGAUAUUAUUUCUUUCUCUGUUUUCAUUCUCUCUCUCUUCCCGUUUACAGCUUUCUUUUCUCAUCUUUUCAUCAAUGUUUCGCUAUCUAUUUCUCUUUCACUCUUUCUGUCUCUCUCCAUUUCGUUCUCUCUCUCUGUCUCUGGAAUAUCUAUCUAUCUAUCUAUCUAUCUAUCUAUCUAUCUAUCACAGUGACUAUUCAUAUCUAUCACAGAGACUGUUCAUAUCUUUCUAUUUACCUAACCAGCCAUCACUAUCUAUCUAUCUAUCUAUCUAUCUAUCUAUCUAUCUAUCUAUCUAUCUAUCUAUCUAUCUGUGUGUGUGUGCUUGCGUGUGUAUAUCGUGA